ACUUCCGCUUCCGCUGCCGCUGCCGCUGGGGGACAGGUUUGGCGACGGGACCGGCGUCAUGGCGGACCCGCGGAGAGUCAACAAGAUCCUGCGGUACAAGCCACCUGCCAGUGACAACAACCCGACCCUGGAGGACCCAACCCCCGAUUACAUGAACCUGCUGGGAAUGAUCUUCAGCAUGUGUGGGCUGAUGCUGAAGCUGAAAUGUUGUGCUUGGAUUGCCGUCUACUGCUCCUUCAUCAGCUUUGCCAACUCUCGCAGCUCUGAAGACACCAAACAAAUGAUGAGCAGCUUCAUGUUGUCGAUCUCAGCUGUGGUGAUGUCGUACCUGCAGAACCCGCAGCCCAUGUCGCCGCCCUGGUGAAACACGAACCCCCCUCAACUCUGGUAAUGGACAAGGGAGGGGACACCGUGAAUGCAAUCCUCCUGCUUCCUCCCCCAUCUCCAGCAACCUGCCUCUCCGCCCAAUCACUUGCACACACUGACAACCUCGAAGCCAGGCUACAGGAUGCCAUCCUGUCACCAACGCCAGCUCUCCUUCCAGUGGCAGUGCCCAGCGAUGAAUCAAUGUUGGCACCACAUUACACUGUGCAGUGGGCGCAUCACGAGGAUGUCUGUGUCACGGCAUGGGGAAUCACUACCCAAUAAUAGGAAUAAAAUCCAAUUUAUCACUU